GGUCACGUGUGUGGCGUGCCGGUGGUAGCGGUGGUGGUGCCGGUAGCCGCCACGGCCGCACUUGCCCCAGCAGCCGCACGCGAGCUACCUGGGAGAGGGCGGGGAGUUGCGGCUUUACCUGUGUGGCAUUACACGUGUACAGGUGUGAGGUGUUUGAGCCUGCUCCUGGGCCUACCACAGGUGCGCUCCGCCUCCCCUCGGACAAGUCGCGUGUCCUGUGUGACGAGAGUCCAGUCUGGGGAGAGACGAUGGCUGAGAAGGAUGUGAACGGGCCACCCGUGUCUCUGAGCGAGUCGACGCGUCUCUGCUCUGUGGCACUGGACCUGUUCUUCAGCAACCACUUCACAGAGGCAGCAGAUGCACUAAAACCCAGUGUCUCCACCAGUAUGUACCAUGCCCUGGUCUUUGGCACCAUCACCAACAUGCAGGCCAUGUUGACGUUUGACCCAGUCAACAUGGAUUCUGCCAACCGGGCCCUGAAGCAAGCACUGGAUGUGUGUGCAAGGUUCCGCAGAAAGAGCUCCGUCGUUGACUCCAUCUCCAGCCUCGUCUCCCGGACAGACGAGCAGCUCACAGAGGAGGAGCUCCAUGCUGAGAUUUGCUUUGCUGAAUGCCUCCUGCAGAAGGCCUGCCUCACAUUCAUACAGGAUGAGAAUAUGAUCAACUUCAUCAAAGGAGGAAUUAAAGUUCGACAGAGCUACAACAUUUACAAGGAAUGCCAGCAGAUGCUCGCUCUUCCCUGCGUCAUGGCUGGAGAAAAUGUCUCUGAGUUUGAGGGCGGAGUUCACCUGGGGACUGGAACCUUUAACCUGAUUCUGUCCAUGGUUCCAACGCGGAUUCUGAAGCUCCUCGAAUUCAUUGGUUUCUCCGGUAACAAGGGGGUGCCUGAAUUGCAUGGAACCAACAGGUUACCAUUGCAGGAAGUGGCGCUGUCCCAGCUGAGAGAAGGAGCCGUGGGGAUGACGCUCCGCUCGUGUCUGUGUGCAAUGGGGCUCCUUUGCUACCACACAUUCAUCAGCUUCGUCCUCGGCACUGGGGAAGGAGAUGUCACAGAAGCAGAGGAGAUCCUGAGGCCGUACCUACAGAGAUACCCUAAUGGAGCUAUUUUCCUGUUCUUUGCUGGAAGAAUUGAAGAGAUCAAAGGGAACAUCCCAGAGGCCAUGAUGAAGCUCCAAGAGUGUGUGAGCUCCCAGUCGCUGUGGCCCCAAUUCCACCACAUGUGUUACUGGGAGCUCAUGUGGUGCCUCACGUUCCGCAUGCAGUGGCUCGAAGCCUUCCACUACGCAGAUCUUCUGGCACAGCAGAACAACUGGUCCAGGGCCACAUACGUGUACAUGAAGGCUGCGUUCCUCACCAUGGCCUCACCAGCGGAGAAGCGGAUGGUGAGGGAGAGCGAGGAGGACUUAUACCGGCAGGUGUCCACGUUGAGGCAAAAGCUGGCUGGCAAGUCUCUGCCCACGGAAAAGUUUGCAGUGCGGAAGGCUCGACGCUACCAGAGCACACGGAGUACUCACGGGCUGGUGCUACCCGCUCUGGAGAUGAUGUACAUGUGGAAUGGCUUCACCAUUGUGGGUCGGGAGCCAGCGCUCACCACCAGCAUGCUCACCCUCAUCACAGAUACAGAGGAGUCGCUCACCGGAGGCGGUGAAUAUGCAGUGGACGACACCUGUUUGCUACUCCUGCUCAAGGGGGUGUGCCUGAAACAUCUCGGACGACUUUCCGAGGCCGAGGAGGCGUUCAUCCAAAUCCACGCUCAGGAGAAGCGCCUGCGUCAUGAUCAAUAUUUGGCACCUAACGCAAUGUUUGAGUUGGGAUUCCUCCUCAUGGAACACGGCGGUGAUGAGCGGAGAUCGGAGGCUCGCAGACUCCUGGAAAACGCCAGGACUAACUACAAGAAGUACUCUCUGGAGUCGAGGCUGCAUUUCCGGAUCCACGCUGCACUCAACGCCCUGAAGCGUCGCGACGAAGGAGAUCGGACGUCAUAGGCGUGUCACUGUGGGUGUCACUGUGUGUGUCACUGUGUGUGUCACUGUGUGUGUGUCACUGUGUGUGUCACUG